ACUCAGAUUUUGCAAACUUGUGGGUUGAAGAAAGUGCUAUUCGAACACAUUUCUAAGAAAAAUUGGUAACACAAAUUUCCUUUCUUCAAGGAUCAGAUGCUGAGAUACUAUGAUACAAAGAUUUUAGUUUUCAAUUGUAUAGAGAACAGAGUGGAUAAAUUAGUGCUGCCUGCUUUACAAUCCAAGCAGUAUGGAGAGGCGGGAUAUCUUUCUUGAUCACCAGGAAGACCCUGAUAGCUACUCAGAUUCUGUGAAAUUUGAUGCUCGUUCAAUGACAACAUUGCUUCCUCCCUAUCCUAAAAAUGGCCUCAAAGAAAAACUGAAGUCCUUCAAAGCUGCGCUCAUUGCCCUCUAUCUUCUUGUGUUUGUCGUUCUGAUGCCUGUCGUUGGGAUUGUGGCAGCUCGUCUUCUGAAGUGGGAAAUGAAGAAUUGCACAGUUGGUUCAAUUCAUGCAAGUGAUAUGUCUCAAAGUCUGGGAAAACGAAAUGGCAGCGAAGAUGAAAUGAGAUUUCGAGAAAUUAUUUUGGAACACAUUGACAAUAUUGAGAAGAGAAUCCAACACAUUUCAGAUUUAGAAGCCAACUUCAUAGAUUCAGAAUACUUCCAAAAUUUCAGUGCAACAACUGAUCAAAGAUUUAACGAUGCUCUUCUGCAGCUAAGUACCUUGGCUUCCUUGGUCCAAGAACAUGGCAAUGCAGUAGAUGAAAUCUCCAAAUCCUUAAUAAGUCUGAACACCACAUUACUUGAUUUGCAGCUCAAUAUAGACACAUUGAAUAGCAAAGUCCAAGAGAAUUCACUGAAGCAACAAAAGGAUAUUAGUAAAUUAAAGGAGAGUGUAUACAACACAUCAACAGAAAUUAAGUCUCUGAAAGAGGAACAAGAGCAUUUGGAACAGGAAAUAAAGAGAGAAGUGAAAGCACUAAAUAAUAUCACCAACGAUCUCAGACUCAAAGAUUGGGAACAUUCUCUGACUUUGAGAAAUAUCACCUUGACUCAAGGUCCCCCUGGACCCCGAGGUGAAAAAGGAGACAGAGGUCCAGCAGGUUUACCAGGCGUCCCAGGCCCUAUAGGUCCUCCAGGUCUUAAAGGUGAUCGCGGAGUAAUUGGAUUUCCUGGAAGUAGAGGAAUCCCAGGUCUAAUAGGAAAGACUGGCAGAACAGGAACUCCUGGACCAAAAGGACAGAAGGGAGAAAAGGGAAGUGGGAACACAUUCUGACCAGUACAACACCCUGAUUUUAUUUGGUCAGAACAUUUUUAAGAUCAGGUGGGUUGGGCAGGACCCCUCUGAUGCCAUCUCAUUAAAGGCUCUUCAUCUCUGGACAAGUCAUCAGCACAACUGACUCCCAAGACCCCUUUGUGACUCCUUCAAAUGACCUUGGUUCCUGCGUCAUGCCUGGCUUCUACAUGGCUUCUCUCCUGAUCUUUGGUGCCAUUGGGCCUCUCCUGCCUUUUAUACCAUGUUUUCUCUCCCAUCAUCAGCUCUGCUCCAAGCCUGCACAAACCCUUGUACACUAGCAGAAUGCUCUAGCUCUUCCUCAGAUACAGGGAAAGGUGUCCUCUGCUGUCCCCUCACUCAGUUUGGGGAACCCAAAGAAGAUAAAGACUUUUAAUUACUUAGAAUAUCAAAAUUAAGUUUAGUUUGAUUUGUGUAGUUUACCUUCCUGUCUUUUUAUUCUGAAAAUUAGGGCAUAUUUUUUUUCUGAGUUUUAAAGUGAAACACAGCUGAGAUUAUUCAACACAUUUGAAUCAAAACCUGAAUUUGUUUCUUUAAAUUGCUUAUUCAUUUCCAAAAACCAUGUUGAUCAUGGAAAAAGCAAUGCUGAUAAUUUUUAUUCCAAAAAUCUCCUAUAUUUUAUGUUUU